AUGUCUUCACCAAUCAGCAAGCCCAUCCUGGCGACGAUGGAGUGUACAGUAUGCUGCGAAGAUGUCAGCGAUAACCAAAUCAUUUCCAUCAACUCCGAUUUUGCAUGCCACGGCUGUGUCAAACAAGUCUUCGCAAACGCUAUCGUCGACGAGUCGAAUUAUCCACCGGUUUGGGCCGGCCAUGUGCUCCACCUUUCUGACUACGACGACAUUCUCGGCUCUUCCCUAUCCACUAAAUUUGCACGCAAGGCCACCGAGUAUCAGGUUCCGUGGAACGAACGUGUGGUAUGCAAAAACCAUUCAGCUCACACCACCGAUGGCGACCUAUUUGUCGGCCAACUCCAACCAUCCAGCACCAACCCAAACUCCACCAAGUCCUGCCACGAGUGUACAACCACUUUCUGCUUGCUCUGCGCAGAGCACAUCCAACCACACGUCAACGAACAUCACUGCAAGCAAGCUGAGACCGACUCCGCCCUCCAAGGGCUCGUCCGUGGCAAGGACUAUCAACUCUGCCCAGGGUGCAGCACAGCCAUCCAACUCCGCGACGGGUGCAACCACAUCACAUGCCUGUGCGAGCAAAACUUCUGCUUCAUCUGCGGCCAAGAAGCCCAGGGCGACUCCAACCACUGGACGCCUGGGCGAUGCCCACGAUACAACCACGUCGACAGCGGAGACGCAUCCUGGGAUGCAGAGUAUACACCACCAGGUGGAGAAACUUUCGUGGUAUCAUAUGCCGAGCAAAUUGAGCGUUUGCAGGCAGCACAAGAGAGCGCUCUCUGGCUGGAGGCCCUUCUCGACCCCCCUCCGCCUCCCCAAGCCGGCACGAUGCGAGAAGUCUUUCGAGCAGAGAGUGCUGCCGAUGUGCUCGCUCGCUAUCGGCGGAGGCGUGAGGCCCGUCGAGAAGCCCGGCGCGGAGCUCGACGCGCUCGCCAUGCAGCCGGAGAGGCUCUCUUGUUGCUCGCCAACUCGUAG